UUCAACAACGGAUCGCUCAAUGAAUAUAGCGUCGAAGAUUCGACGAAGCUUUUUCAGAGAGAAGGAGAAAAAACUUGCAAAUGGAUCAUCGAGCAGAAACGAAGACAGAGGCAAAGAUGAUUUUCUUGGAGUAACUGAUGAACUAAUCGAUCACGUCAGAUCCUUCACCAUUGACACAUUUAAGAGCUUCUCUCUGAACGAUGAAGAAGAAGAAGCGUCUGUGAAUCCUUUGAAUGAAGAAGGUAAUAGAGUGAGCUCAUCUGCUAAUGUGAAGAAGGAUUUAUCUAAUUGGCAGGAGAAACACGCCGUUCUCGUGUUAUCGAAAUCGAAGGAACUCUCUCAGCUGAGAUUUAAGUUGUGUCCACGUUUCUUAAAGGAAGAGCAGUUUUGGAAGAUAUAUUUCCAACUUGUGAGGAAUCUUGUGGCAAAAUAUGAGGUGCUAGCAAUCCAACAGGCCAGAAUUAAGAGGAUGGCAAUGGAGAAAGGUGAAACUUCAGAAACCAAGGGUGUAUAUGAAGUUGAAAUGUCAGAAACAAGACAAAGGUUGAGCACUGGACCUGCAACUCCAUAACUCGGUUUGCUAGUGUGACAAAGUUUGGGACAGUUUGGCUCACAAGCUUGGGUUUAAGAAAGUAUUUUGUAACCAAAAACAAAAUGCUAAAUGACAGGAGCUUCGAGCAGCGCUUGAUCGUGUUCAUGUGCUUAAGAGUGACAAAACCAAGUUUACACAUCUUUAGAGGAGUAAAUGAUCAUGUGAGUUUAGUAUCAGACAUGUUACAGUGUUGUUAAACGCUUAUGCAGUAAAAGAAUCAUUAUUUAA